CUUCCGUUCCGUGUUGUCAGAAACCCAUAGAAAUCUUGAACGGGGUGUCUGAAGACUUGUCCGCAGGAGCAUCCCUGCGGGGUCACACAGGAAAACAAAAAACAGGAAAGCGGUGUAAUGGUCAGCUGAUGACCUCCCGCUGCUGCUGAGCUACUGACUGCCACCUUCAUCAUGGGCGACAACCCUCACCUGCUGCUCGGCAGGAUCCGCUUCCUGAACAAGUGCAUCGAGACUUUCAGGAAGAGCGAGCCGGUGACCGAGUGUCUGUGUUAUGUCCCCAAAGAAGUGUGCUACAAAAUCUGCAAGGAUUCUUCUUCCAGCUCUGCUGCCUCCUCCUCUGGCGCCUCUGCAGGAGGAUCCACAGUGGGAAAAACCGUCAUCUCUGUCUUUGAAAGCCCGCAUCAGACUCCCCACAGCAAGAAAGCAUAUAAGUACAACAUUGAACCAAAGAAAGGGACAUGCAUCCGGACAACAGGGGAAGAAUACUGUAACAGCCAGGGCCUUUGGGUCAAAAUGAAUAAGGAACAGCUCGAGGAGUACCGCCCAGGCCAGGAGUUGGAAGAAGGAUGGAUUCUGGUGUGUAAACACACCGAGGGAGGCGACAGGCUGGUGCCUGUGGAGUCACCAGAGACUAUCAGCAGGCAGCAGCAGCUUUUUGGCUACGACCACAAGCCCUGCUACAGGUGGGAACAAGUGGUGGAUGUGGAGAGUGCACUUUACAUUGGCGAAAAACCUAAAAUCGCAGAGUGUGAUGAUGCCGCCGUCCAGAAGCUGAGGUAUGUUCCUCCCACUUGGACAUAUGAAUGUGAUGAGGACCUGGUGCACUACUUCUACGACCACAUAGGAAAAGAGGACGAGAACCUGGGGAGCGUCAAGCAGUGUGUGACCAGCAUCGAUGUUUCUUCAUGCUCGGAGGAUCCCAGCGGGGGGGCAAGCUGCCUGACAGAUGGCGACGCUGAAACUUACUGGGAGAGCGACGGCAUGCAGGGCCAGCACUGGAUCCGCCUGCACAUGAAGAAAGGCACUGUGGUCAAUAAGCUGAUACUGACCGUGGACUCAACAGAUGACAACUACAUGCCCAAAAGAGUCACAGUGUUUGGAGGAGAAGGAGACAACCUGAAGAAGCUGAGUGACGUCACUAUAGAUGAUAAUCUGAUUGGAGAAGUGUGUGUGCUUGAGGAUAUGACCUCACACCUGCCUGUUAUCGAGAUUCGGAUCGAGGAAUGUAGAGAGGAUGGGAUAGAUGUGCGGAUCAGAGGGUUGAAGAUUAAGUCAUCUUGUGAGAGGGACCUGGGUCUGAAUGCUGAUGUUUUCCAGUCCUCUAACCUGGUCCGCUACCCCCGUCUGCAAGGCACCUCACCGGACAUCCUGUACCGCAGAGCGUUAGUUAUCCAGAGGUUUAUCAAUCUCCUGGACAGCGUGCUCCCGCACCUGGUGCCAGCCUGGGAUUACAGCCUGGGUACCUUCAACCAGAUCAAAACCAUAAAGCAGUUCUUGCUGCUGUCCAAGCGGCGCUCAGCCCUCAUCACUCAGUGCUUGAAGGACUCAGAGACCAGUAAGCCAAACUUCAUGCCUCGACUCUACAUUAACCGACGUCUGGCCAUGGAGCACAGAGACAACCCAUCUCUGGACCCAACCUGCAAGAACGCCGUCUUCAAUCAGGUGUAUGAGGGUCUCAAGCCAUCAGACAAGUUUGAGAAAACUUUAGAUUACAGGUGGCCCGCUCGUUAUGACCAGUGGUGGGAAUGCAAAUUCAUUGCAGAGGGAAUUAUUGACCAAGGAGGUGGAUUUCGGGACAGCCUCGCAGACAUGUCGGAGGAGCUUUGCCCCAGCUCGGCCGAGUGUCCCAUGCCUCUCCCGUUCUUCGCCCGGACAUCCAACCAGGGUGCCUUCGAGGCCAGAGAUUACUACGUCCCCAACCCUUCUUGCAAAGAGUUCCACAAGUAUGAAUGGAUUGGUCAGCUGAUGGGUGCUGCUCUAAGAGGGAAAGACUUCUUGGUUUUGGCUCUUCCGGGGCUUGUGUGGAAGCAGCUGAUUGGGGAAGCCGUCAGCUGGAGUAAAGACUUCGCUGCAGUAGACUCUGUGCUGGUAAACUUACUGGAGGCCAUGGAGAACAUGGACCAGGAGACAUUUGAGUUCAGAUUUGGGGAGGAGCUGGUCUACACCACCCUCCUGACUGAUGGUUCGAUGGUGGAAUUGAUCCCUGGCGGUGGUAAUGUGGCAGUUCGCUACGAGGACCGCAGCGAGUUCAUCCGCCUGGUGCAGAAAGCUCGGAUGGAGGAGAGCAAACAGCAGAUAGCAGCCAUGCAGGCUGGGCUGCUGAAGGUGGUUCCUCAGGCAGUGCUGGACCUGCUCACCUGGCAGGAAGUGGAAAAGAAGGUUUGCGGAGACCCAGAGAUCACAGUGGAAGCUCUGAAGCGACUCACACGUUAUGAGGACCUGGAACAAAGUGAUGUUAGAGUGCAGUACUUAUGGGAGGCACUGACAAACUUCACCAAUGAGGAUCGCAGCAGGUUUCUGAGGUUUGUAACUGGUCGAAGUCGUCUUCCUGCACCUAUCUAUGUCUUUCCUGACAAACAAGGCUCUGACACGACUGAUGCACUUCCACAGUCCUCCACAUGUUCAAGCACCCUUUAUCUUCCCAGCUACCCGAGUGCGAAAGUUUGUGAGGAGAAGCUGCGCUAUGCUGCGUACAACUGUGUGGCCAUUGACACUGACAUGAGUCCCUGGGAGGAGUGAUCUCCCUACUGCUCCGCUGAUCACUGCACACGCCACAACUCGCUGUUGGAUGCAGAUAUCUUCCCAACUUUUAUCAUCAUGUCUUCACAUAUGCCAAAUAACCAAUAGCUGUAUAUAAUAAAGAACUUUAUGGAAACA